CUCUCUCUCUCUCUCUCUCUCUGGUUGAUGAUGUUGAUACGCCCCCUCGAUCAUCCCUGUUUCCUCGCUGUUCUCCGUGUCACUGCAGAUGCCUUGAACACUCCACAGAGCGCGCGCUCACUCGGACCUGCGCCUCACCGCUUUACCGCCACGCGCACAAUCAAACCAGCGACCAGCGACUGACUCACUUUACCCGGGAUAAAAAACAUGUCAGAGCAGGAAAAAAGCUCAUUCACAUCACCGCGAUGACAUGAAAUAGGCAAAGUAUCCCAUUCAAGAAUGCCAGGAAACUGACUGAGCAGCAGCAUGGAUCUUUGGAUAUUUCCGUCCUCACUCCCAAACUUGUCAGAGCCUCUUAUGUAUGAGAGCUUCAUGCUGGGCAAUGAAUCCGAUGAGAGCUUAAGGAAUGCCACUGACCACAGCUUCACCAAGACCAGCACAGUGGUCAUCACAUUCAUUUACUUUGUAGUUUGUGCUGUAGGGCUGAGUGGCAAUGCUCUGGUUAUUUAUGUCAUCUUGCGUUAUGCCAAGAUGAAGACAGUCACCAACAUCUACAUCCUCAAUUUGGCUGUGGCUGAUGUGCUUUUCAUGAUGAGCCUGCCCUUCAUUGCCAUCCAGUUAGCCCUGGUUCACUGGCCCUUUGGGCCAGUUUUGUGUCGUGUGGUCAUGACUGUGGACUCUCUCAAUCAGUUCACCAGCAUCUUCUGCUUGAUGGUAAUGAGCAUUGAUAGAUACUUGGCAGUGGUGCAUCCUAUCAAGUCCACGAAGUGGAGGAAGCCUCGAAUGGCCAAGACCAUCAACCUGGCAGUGUGGGGAGUUUCCUUGCUGGUGAACUUGCCCAUCAUCAUCUACAGCAGCUUGAUCACCAAACCAGAUGGUUGUUUCUGCACCAUUGUGUGGCCUGAGCCACAGGAGGCCUAUUACACAGCCUUCAUGUUCUACACUUUCUUUCUGGGCUUCUUUCUGCCUUUAAUGGUAAUUUGCCUGUGCUACCUACUCAUCAUCAUCAAAGUUAAAUCAUCUGGGAUACGGGUGAGCUCCUCCAAGCGGAAGCGCUCAGAAAGGAAGGUGACACGCAUGGUGUCCAUUGUGGUGGCUGUGUUUGUGUUUUGCUGGCUUCCAUUUUAUGUCUUUAAUGUGACAUCUGUGACUGGCACCAUUAGCACCACACCUAUCUUGAGGAGCACCUUUGCCUUUGUGGUGGUGCUGGGAUAUGCUAACAGCUGUGCCAAUCCCAUUCUCUAUGCCUUCUUGUCAGAGAAUUUCAAGAAGAGUUUCCAGAAUGUUCUGUGCCUGAAAAAAGUAGGUGGCCUGGAUGAGAUUGAGCGUAGUGACAGUAGGCAAGACAAGACACGGAUGAACCCUAGCGAAACUCAAAGCACACUGCUGAAUGGAGACCUGCAGACCAGCAUCUGAGAGAGAGGAACAAAGCACUUCUAAACCUUUAGGUUAUAAGGUUAUACUCCAGUCAGGAAGAAACAGAUGGACAAAGACUCUAGGAAAAAAUAGCAUGGGGAAGAAGAUGGUAGGCACCAAACAGUUUCACCAGCUGACAAAAGGAAAAAGCAUGACUUACCUUUUUUAUCCAGUUGUAGAUCAAUGUGAAAUAUUCCUACUGAGUAAAAAAAAAAAAAAAAAGGAAGACGAGCCAAAGUAUUUGUCAUCUUUUAGGAACAUUUGUCUUACUCUUCAUUUGUAAUAUCAUGAAUAUAUUAAAAUAUUGUUCUAGUAAUAUUUCAGGACUUUUGUACACUCUUGGGUCUGUGCACAUUAUAUUGUUUGGAUGAAGCCACUGCAAAUGGGAGAGCAAGAUGACCAUGGAGUUUUCCAGACCGCUGACAGCAGACAGUCAAGUAACUCUACCAUAUAAGCAGUCAAGGGUUGCCUGCUGUUGACAAGUCACCCCGGGAGAAGAGUCUUAUCAUUCUGGAGCAUGCUCACAAAUGCAACUCACAUUACUAACAGUGCAGCACUCAUCUAUCUGUUUUCAUGGAAUAAUCUCUUUUUCUUUGGAGAGUGAAAUGUUGGAAGAAGUACUACUCUUAAUGAAAUCCCUUAAAUUCUUAUUAUUGUAAGUGUUGUCGCAGAUAUUCAGGCUUUUGGACUAUUCAAAAGUAAAGGUGCCUGUGGGUGUGGCAUUGCCUAUGAAAGUGUACUAUGAAUGUACAGAAGGUACCUGGAUGUCUAUAAUCAUGUAAUCCUUCCUUUCUGACAGGAUGAACAGUUUUGUAUUUUCCUUUUUUCCUGUAAAUAGUAUUUGCUAAGACCUCUGCAAGGUACACGAUUCAUGUGAACUGUCCCUCUCUUAUCCAAAUGUAGCUUGCCUAUCAUAUUUAAUGGAAUAGCUGCUGGCUUAACACUAACCAAACUGCUGCUAGAUUGUAUAAAUUUCUGUUUAAUUCUGGAGAUGUUACUGUCUAGCUCUUGUCAAAACCUUGUUUAAAAUGUACUACCUUCGCUGACUGGGCACAUAUCUGUUAUGCAGAAUAAAUUACUCUCAGUGCUUUAUAUACUGUAUAAUUACAGUCCGUAAAUAUCUUGUGCCAUUUAUUAGUAGUUUGUAUCAAAACAGCUUGACUGAUAUUUAUAUCCCCUGAAGCGUUGAUGUAUUUGUAACUCAAGUCUCAAGAGUUUUUCCUCUAUAUUACUUGUAGACAUUGGAACAAAAUCUUGUUUCAUUCAGGACCAUGAUGCAACACAUAAUACAGCAGCACAAUACACAGUAAGUACAAAUACACAUCAGUGUGAGAUGCUUGUUUUCUCUACGUCUGUUUACUCCAGUCUUUAUGGAGCUGUCAAAUUGAGAAGGGCUAGAACAUGUGCUUUCUUGGGCAGUCAUGUUCCUUUAAAUUCCUUGCAGCUUCUUUCACUCGUCUUAUCCUGAGAAUCCUUUGCCUGCUAUGGUUCUUGAUAAAAAUGGGAACCAGGCUAUUGGUGUGAUCACAUGUAUCUGAAAGGGUUGCUUUCUGUGUCUUUUCCCAUGUUUGGACAUGCCAGUGUUUGAAGGUGCUCUCUUUAAAUAGAGUCUAUUUCUAGUGUUUGCUCUAGUUCUUGUUCAAAUGUCACUUUACUGCAAGAACAGUUGUGUUUAAAAUCAACAGAAGCUCUGCUACCUGUAGAUAUAUAGAAUGCACAUCAUUUAGAUGAAUAAAAGAAACUGUCUGUAGAUAUUGAUACAGUGACCAAACCCUUGCAGGCUAACUAUACGUUUUGAAAGCUUGCACAUUAGUGCUAAAUUCAGUGCUACAGGGUAGUGAGAAAAACAGAGCAUGCUAUGUGAUACUGUAACUGCAUCCAUAAACAGAUCUUUUGCAUUUUAAUUAGAGGUUCAUUAAUCUUAAGGAUGAACAGAAAUAACAGUGGCAAUUCCCUCUCCAUUCGUUACAUGUUCUUGUGUUGGAAGCUUCCCUCACCAGAGUGAACAUGGCGUUACUGUAUGUUGCAUUGCAUUAUGGGGAAACAUCGCCAUCUGGUGAGGGUGCGGGUUUGCUGACCCUCUGAUAAACAUAACAUUAAUUCAGUUAACAAUGUAGACUAGUAUGAUGUGGCAAACAUUAUGUUGUCCUCUUUCUUCUCUCAUACAAUCAGUUUAUAAUUUUGCAAGUGUUCAAUGCCAGGCAGUGACCGAGUUUGAAUACUUGUCAAUGACUCAAUGACUGUCAAUUAUUCUAUGUUUUAUUUUAGUGCUUUCAUUUUAGUUACCACUAACCAAACAUAGCAUUUGUAUGCUCUUGUAAAAUGAAAUAUGUUUAAUGUUAACAUACUUCAUACUGAUGAUGGUGUUUGUUCAGUGUUUUUACUUGGAAUUAAAAUGCUUUUUCAUUAAACAACCCUGCAAUCACAUCUUGCUUUAUGCCUAUUGUUGACUUCCUUCAGCACCCAAAACAUCAGAGAAAAGAAUUAUAUAAAUGUUCAAUAUAAAAGAGCAACUCCAGCAGCCUUUAUUCCUUUUGUCACACACCAUCUGCAUCGCCAAGUGCCAUGGUGUAUUCACAGGGGGUGGGCCUGAGCAAGUCCUUUAAUUCCUGACCACAACUUUAUAAAGCCCGAUUAUGUGCCCUCAACAAAACCUAACCACAGUCUUUUGUUGUUGUGUAUGGAUGGUGGACGAGUGCUGCCCUCAUGGAAUUAAAAGCUCAUUAUACUACAGUGAUGCUGAAUUCUUAAAACUGAGUGGUCAGGAGGUGUUAAUUUUCUAUAACAACACAGCUCAAACAGUAGUGCUGGCUGCAGGCCAUAUCACAGGUUUAUAUUCAUAUGCUUGCUCUAAUAUGUCAUAUUUUCUAUGACAGACACUUCAAAUAAUAUAAGGCUAAUAAUCAGAUGAAAUUAAAGUUUGUUAUUUAACUAAGAGAAGUGUAUAGCCAUUGAUGAAGUUUCUGUAAGGAACCCUUUAUUUAAAGUACCACUUUGGGGUGGUAACUGUAACACUGCUUCACAUCAAGCCAUUGACUAUUGUCCUGUAACAGCACACCCUUUUGUGUUUCAUAAAGCUGAUAACUUUUAUUUGAUUGUAUGUUUAUAAUAAUCUGAUGGCCCAAUAGCUACAGACAAUUUGCAUGAUAUGUUUAGUUUCUCAUAAUGAGACAACACGGAAAUGAAGCUCUGGGUUCCAAGGAAUGAAAUGACGCCUUGGCUAGUGUGAAUUUAAUAAAUGAGUCACAGACGGACGAAAUAAAUGAAUGUGACACGGGGCAGUGUGAAUUGAAAAGCUUGACUGACACACUAAGCUAAAUAAAGAUAGCUGCUGUAUUCAAAGCUUAAUUUUCAUUGCUCGGUGAUGGACUUAAUGUUAAAUGCAAUCGAAAGAGUUGUACUCGACACUCAGUACCAAAGAAUACUACGUCUUAAAACUGAAAACACACUCACUAAAGCAAAAUAAACCUACAGGAAUCUAGGAAAAUGGAAGAAAAAACAGCAUUAGGGAGUUUGCAAACCACCUGUGAGCGAUUUUACAAGAAGUUAACUACAUCAGUUACCUUUGUAGUUUUUUCACUAGAGAAGUGAGAUUUAAAAACUGCCACUUAAAUGCGUUUGAAUUUUUUUUCUCUGAUUUCUCUUUUGUAGCAUAACAGUAAAGCUCCCAUCACUAAACACCUCUGAAAUCCAUUUACUAGCUCUGAUUUUUGCUGUUCUCUCAUUAGUGCGAGACUGACAAGCGUGUUUGUGUAAGAUAGACAAGCACAUUGAUGUGUUUUAACAGCGUGGGAUGAGCUAACGUCUUGGUGUUGCACUUGUGUCUAAGAAUAACCCACGACGUCUUUUGUAAAAUACGCUAGCAAAAGAACAUUUCUUUUGUCAGAAAUGAAAUAACAGAUAAUACAGUUUAGAGUCAUGCUUUUGUUACAUUUUUUAUGAAAUUCACUGGAGUUGCUCUUUAAAGAACAGUAAAAAUACCUUUUCUGAAGAGGGCAGCAAUCAAAUCAUUCACAUAUCGCCUCUUGCAGAGACAUACAUUAAUUACAUGCAAUUCUUUAGUUGAGUCACAGCUGAACAGAAAGGGUCCAGU